CAAGUCGUGCCGACUCGUGCUUGCUCGUGCUUAAGUUUUUAACUCACAUGGGCACGAGCCCAGCCCUAGUUCUUUUCAUUAGCAGCCCUGUCAGAUGGUGUGGCGUGCUCGCUAGAGAAUUUUGUUUGCUUUUUAUUUAUUAAAACAAUUAAAUAAUAAACGCAACGCAGAACGCUCGGAACUGCAUAAUAGAGGAGACGUCGAAAAAAGCAGCGCGCCUUCACUUAACUCACACACAUACAUCAUAUAAUAAUUGAUUGUACGGACCAUGAAAACAACUAGUAUCGGAUUAUACGCAUUUCGUUUAACCUUCGGACAGGGAAAUGACGCGUAAAUAAAAUUUCCCAAAACACGGUGUUUAAAGUCCCAUACACACAUACACGCACACGUACAUGCACUAUGGAGAGCCUGCAACCGGGUGAUACAUGUGUGGAAUGCUCCAGCAGAGGCGUAAACCACAAGUUGCGCUAUUUUUACAUAAAUCUUAAUGAGCAGUUGCUCAAGUGCGAAUCGCGUCGCUGCCUUUGGCCGCAUACCGAUGCCGUUUCCUCUUCUUCCUCCUCCGAUGAUGAGCAGGAGACCAUCCGGUCACCGAAUCACUCGCUAAAUUUGGAUGACGAUGAAUUUAUUAAGCAGCUGCUGGAAAAUCUGACCCCAGAUACAGAGAUAGCCGAAGCCUCGAUGGAAAGUGGGGCAAAUAAUUCCAAGUGUGACUCCAGCUUAACACCAAAUGUCCCAUCGAGCAGCAAUGUUAUUAAGGAUCUUUUGGAAGAAUCUCAUCUGCCUGCAACAACAACUGCCUCAGUAAUAUCUAUGCCGAAUAUAUUUGGUGAAUUUGAGCAGCAACCUGAGCACACUGCAUUUAAUCUCGAACCUGAGAAUGCUCCUCCAUUCCAAUUGAGUGCCAAGGCUGGCGACUUUGCCUACACAAUUUCCAUUUCGCAGGAGUUGCCGACACCCAAGAUCGCACUAGAAAAGGAGUUGCCCACACCUAUGAUCCCUCUCGAAAAGGAGUUGCCAACACCUAUGAUCCCACUCGAAAAGGAGUUGCCCACACCUAUGAUCCCACUCGAAAAGGAGUUGCCCAAGGCUAGUACCUUUCAGACACCGCCUAGAAAAGCAUCCACACUUCCCCGUUCAGAGUUGCAGUCGAGGCCAAUGCCACCGGCCGCACCCACAACAAUUGCAUCAAGUACAGCCGCUAGCCAGUUCCUGAAUGCCCUAAAAGCGCAACCAGUGCAAGGUGCACGGACUAAACGCACCAGACAACCCCCCCGCCCCGAAAGUUCAAGCGGUGGAGGCAGCCCCCGAUUCAGCACUCAAGAUAUCAAGCAGACGCUGGAACGCAUCAACAACCAGAAGUAGGGCAAAGCUGAAAGUGAAUCGGAACCGGAACUGGAGCAGGAAGCGAAUCUCUAUGCAAAUGGACAGCAGAAGGAAGCGAAUAACAUAAACAAAUCAAAGUGAUUUUUGGAAAUAUUCGCAAACAGAAUUUAAAAUAAUAUGAGAGAGUGUAUGUGUGAGUGUAUGCAAACAAUUCCCAUUUAUAUAUAAACAUUCGAGAUUUUUGACGGUCACCGUUUUAUUUAUGCUCGGCACGCGUCCACCGCAUGUUGAGCAAUGGUCGCCAAAUCGGGCGAUAGCGCCGCGAGAAAUUACAGAUUAAGAAAGAAGCAGAGAAAGGAGGCAAGCGGGUCAGAGCAAGUGCGUCACGAGAUGCAAUUCGAUGCGAAGCGCAGCCGCUAACAGAUGAAUGAAAUGAACAGUGGUACAAAGGCUAUUGAAUGAG